AUGGGAGGAAUCUCAAGGCAGAAUGAAAUGCCCCUUCAGAACAUUAUGGAGUGGGUUGAAGCAGUGGCUGCCCCAAAGAAUGAUGCCAAAACUGUGGUAAAGUUCUUGAAGAAGAAUAUAUUUUCUCGCUUUGGGGUGCCGAAAGUCCAAAUCAAUGAUGGGGGCUCUCACUUUUGCAACACCCAACUUCAGAAGGUGUUAGGCCAUUAUAGCCUUACACACAAAGUGGCCUCACCAUACCACCUACAGAUGAACGGUCAAGCUGAAGUUUCCAACAGGGAACUAAAGAAGAUUUUAGAGAAAAUUGUGGCCUCUACUAGUAAAGAUUGUUUAAGCAAGUUGGAUGAUGCAUUGUGGGCUUAUAGGAGUGCCUUUAAGACCCCCAUAGGCCUAUCUCCAUUUCAAAUGGUUUAUGGCAAAGCCUGCCACUUACCAGUAGAGAUGGAGCAUAAAGCAUAUUGGGCUUUGAAGUUUCUGAAUUUUGAUAAGGCUCUAUCGGGGGAGAGAAGGAAGCUGCAACUCCUGGAGUUGGAGGAGAUGAGACUGAAUGCAUAUGAAUCCUCCAGGUUAUACAAGUAA